AUGUCUGGACAUCCUAGAUUCGUGCAUCCGUUUCACAGACCGCAGUCAUUGGCUGCAGCUGCUCCUGCUGGGAAAGCCAAACUUACCCAUCCCGGUAAAGCGAUCCUGGCAGGUGGGAUUGCUGGAGGAAUAGAAAUCUGUAUCACCUUCCCUACUGAGUAUGUAAAGACCCAGCUGCAGCUAGAUGAAAAGGCCAAUCCCCCAAAAUACAAAGGCAUUGUUGAUUGUGUAAAGCAAACUGUGAACAGUCAUGGUGUUCGUGGUCUUUACAGAGGUCUAAGCUCUCUUCUGUAUGGAUCUAUACCUAAAGCUGCAGUUAGAUUUGGGGUAUUUGAGUUUCUUAGUAAUAAGAUGCGCGAUGAGAGUGGGAAACUAGACAGCAAACGAGGAUUUAUGUGUGGCCUCGGUGCUGGAGUUGCAGAGGCUGUAUUUGUUGUAUGUCCUAUGGAGACAGUUAAGGUAAAAUUUAUACAUGACCAGACUUCAGCAAAUCCGAAGUACCGAGGUUUUUUCCAUGGAGUUAGGGAGAUUAUCAGAACUCAAGGACUGAAGGGCACUUACCAAGGACUAACUGCCACUGUGCUGAAGCAGGGCUCAAACCAGGCUAUCCGUUUUUAUGUCAUGACGUCACUGAGAAACUGGUAUAAAGGUGAUAACCCCAACAAAGCCAUUAACCCUCUGAUAACUGGGCUUUUUGGUGCUGUUGCUGGAGCUGCUAGCGUUUUUGGAAACACUCCUCUAGAUGUCAUCAAAACUAGAAUGCAGGGACUUGAAGCUCACAAAUACAAAAGCACAAUGGAUUGUGCUGUUAAGAUAAUGAAGUAUGAAGGUCCAGCAGCAUUCUACAAGGGUACUAUCCCUCGUCUGGGUCGUGUGUGCAUGGAUGUAGCCAUAGUCUUCAUAAUUUAUGAAGAAGUUGUCAAAGUCCUGAACAUUGUUUGGAAGACAGACUGAAAUGUCUACAGAAACAAACCCACCUUCCAGGUUUUAAUAUCUACCUCCAACCUGUAAUAUACAAGAAAGGGAGUGUACUUUUAAUGCACAUGAACAGCUCGUUGAUCAGCUGGUCUUGAAGAAGUGUGGGCUCAGGGAGAAGGACACUGGUAUGAAUAGGAAUGAAAAUCGCUUGAACAGAGUAUUAAUUCUAUUUGUACAAUGGGUGUCAAGUACUUUGAAAAUGAAAGCCAAUACCGAAAAAUGUGACUAACACUAUAGGAUUUUAACUUAAAAAUGUAUUGUACUUGAAAUUAUAAUAUCCAAAUGCAAAAUGUUUUACUGAUCAAAACAAAAGUAAUAAAAAAUAUCUAAUGGAUAACUCGUCCUUAAUCUUCAAGGGCUUUAGGUGCAUUAUAGACAAAAUGCCUUAAAACAUAAAAAUAAUAAUAAUAGUAAUAAUAAUAGUAAGAAUACCGUAAUAAUUCAGGUUUUAAAGUGAAACCUCACUUUUAGAAACUUCAACCAAACAGCCGCUCUAGGCUUGUGAAAAGUUUUCUCUUUGUGUUGCAUACCUGCAUAUGUUUUAAAUUAAGCGACUUACAUAGAUUAUCUCUUAAGUGCCUACAUUUUAUGUUUUGAGAUUGUGGAUAACUGAAAUGUUGAAAAUAUAUUAUUUUGUGCUGCCUGUAAAAAUACAGGCAACAUUUGUGGUGUUUUUUCUUUGUACUUUUCAGUAUUUCAAAAAAAAGUCAGCUUUUGCCUUCCACCUCAUUCCAUGAAAACAAGCCAAGCAUUUGCAAGACUUUCAUUUUAUGCCUUACAUUAUGGCAUUUUCUAAUUCCAUUUAGAUUUUAUCAAGCCUUGGUUUCUUUGGUGCCAAACUGUUGCUUUAUCAUACAUGAGCCAAACACGUGCAGUUUGUUUUAUUGUUUUCUUUCUUCUGUUUCACUGUUUACAAUAACUUGCAAUUAAAAUGUAUUUUCCUUGGUUUCAAUGCAUACUGCCUUGUAAAUGGAGAUCAACCUAGGGUAAUUUCCAUUAUGUGCCUUUAAAUAAAUUAUUCUGACAAUGUUCACAAAUAAACAAAUAAAUAAUAUACAAAUC